CUUGGCGGGCAGGGCCUUGAAAGAGCCGGCCGCUCCUCCCGAGGGGCGAAGGGCGAGCGGGAUGCGCCGCCUGAGCUGAGCAGGAGGAGCAGGAGGCCCGCCGCAGCCUCGCCCCUCUGCCAGCCUUCGCUUCCCCCGGCCCCGCGGCCUUCCUUCCUUCCCUCCCUCGCCAUGUCUUCGUCGUCCUCGUCGGUGGCGUCGGCAGCGCGCUUCGACCCGUCGGACCGCUCGUCGUGGUACGCGGGCCCGCUGUCACGGCAGGAGGCCCAGGGGCGCCUGCAGGGGCAGCGCCACGGGACCUUCCUGGUGCGGGACUCGGCCACCUGCCCCGGCGACUACGUCCUGUCCGUCUCGGAGAACUCGCGCGUCUCUCACUACAUCAUCAACUCGCUGCCCGGGAGGCGCUUCAAGAUCGGCGACCAGGAGUUCGAGCACCUGCCGGCUCUCCUCGACUUCUACAAGAUCCACUACCUGGACACCACCACCCUCAUCGAGCCCGCGCCCAGGUAUCCAGCUGCACUGAUGGGAUCUGGAUCAGCCCCCAUCAUGACUGCUGCGGAAGAUAACGUGGAAUACGUCCGGACUCUUUAUGACUUUGCUGGAAACGAUGCAGAGGAUCUGCCAUUUAAAAAGGGGGAGAUCCUGGUCAUUGUAGAGAAGCCUGAAGAACAGUGGUGGAGUGCCAGAAACAAAGAUGGCCGUGUUGGGAUGAUUCCUGUUCCUUAUGUCGAGAAGCUUGUCAGAUCUUCCCCACACGGAAACAGGAACAGGAAUUCCAACAGCUACGGGAUUCCUGAGCCUGCCCAUGCUUAUGCUCAGCCUCAGACGGCCAGCCCUCUUCCCAACAUAGCCAAUACGCCUGGGGCAGUCAUCACUCCCCUUCCAUCCACACAGAAUGGACCAGUCUUUGCCAAAGCGAUUCAAAAGAGAGUUCCAUGUGCUUACGACAAGACUGCCUUGGCGCUAGAGGUUGGUGACAUCGUGAAGGUCACAAGGAUGAAUAUCAAUGGUCAAUGGGAAGGAGAAGUUCAUGGUAGAAAAGGGCUCUUUCCUUUCACACACGUCAAAAUAAUUGACCCUCAGAAUCCUGAUGAAAACGAAUGAUUCCUGUUGGCCCAUUUCUCUGUUGCUGCUUCAUUUUCCUGGCUAUCAUGAGCAUCAUCGGAAGUGCAAUGAUGACUGUUAAUGGCGCCUUGUAAGCAUUGUCCAUUUUUUCCAGCUUGCUGCAAUUUGACAGCCCUGUAGUAUCUGUUUGGAAUGCAUACAGCUGAAGUUGCUUGUGGGCCCUCGUGCAGCAAUGACGUCAUCCAAAACUUAAAAGUAUCACCUGGAAGGAUCUUGGACCUUAAGCUCCAGAAGAUUGGUGAUGUCACCCAGGCAGAAGAACAGGGGGUGGAACUUCAGCUGACCUGGCCAAGGUUUCUGUCCAUGGGCAACAUUCUACUCAGGAGGAGAAUUCUAAGCAACUUUGUCCAGAACCUAAUUUUAUUUUUCCUUCCAGGGCAGGGAACACUUGAUUUGAGAGGAAAUAAUCUGUUUAAGCAGUUAGAAUAAUAGUGUCUUUAGGCUAUAAUUGAUGCUUGUGUAUUAUUAGCAAGACAGUUCUGUGAGUUUGUCGUUGACCUAGAAACAAGUUUUGGGAUGGCAGCAAAAUGUCAUUUUAAGGAAUUGCAUUGAGCAGGUUCUUCUAUUUAUAACCGUGACACAUAACUGGUCUGUUUUGCCAUACACUUGUCUAAAAUUUUGCUGUUUUGUUUGCAGAACCAUGGCAGUUGUUUUUUUUUAAGCUGAAUCUGACAGUCACUAGACGCAAGAUUUUAAAAGAUAGUCUUUCACAAGCUUGGUUGAAAUUGGCACUUUCUGCCUCUUUUAAAAAGCAAAACCACCAACCAUUGAUAAUCUCCAACGGGAAUAUAGACGUAAUGAAAAGUUUUUGCCAUUUAAACCUUUUAACUCUCCUGUGCCCUUCUGUACAAAUGUCUCUGUUAGAUUCUAACUAUCAUAACGAGGAAUGGUAAACGCAGAAACUUGAAUGUGGGUUUUGUCUUGAAGAACUGACUCCCUAGAUUAUUAUUUUUAAAAGUUUAGUUGGCACGUGUUGUCUCUUGAGGAUUUUGGACUUCUGAGGAGCCUCAUGUUCAAGUCAGUAUUAAAGUGCCUUAAUUUGGGAUGAAAGUUGCUGAGGGGGAUGCCAUUUCAGCUUUGAGGUCUGCAGAGAAGCAGUUCAGUUCACUGAUCCUUAAAACCCUGUAGUGACUGUUGAUGGUCUGAAGCAGCACGAUUUUACUGCCAAACAUACUGUGAAUUAGGCUAGCCUUGAUACUCCCAGAAUGCAUUUUCCCACCUUAGGUGCUAAGACCCUCCGUGAUGGACGGCAGCACAGCUGUCCUAGAGAAUAGCCAGGCAGGUGCCCCUCUUGAUCUGUCUUGAGUUACGGUGGAGUAGUACUACUGAGCUUUGUGUUUAGGAAUAUUUAAGCUGCAAUAAAUGUCAGUCUGCCAUAAUAAGAUAA